AUGUCAGGCAAAAGCAAUAUCCUCUUCACCGACAAGUUUCAGGUCAAGGAGAUCGAUAAGGAUGGCAAAAAGUUCGACCGAGUCUCUCGUAUGACGUCAAAUCCGUCGCAACGCGGCCUUUCCCUCACGCUCGACUUUGCCAACGAGUUUAUCCAAUUCAAGCCACAAGAAUAUUUCACCAUGACACUGGCUACGUCGUUGCAUGAAGACGGAGAUGACGAGGAGGUCGCGGGUGGAUCAUCGGGCGCUGCAGGAGGUCCAGACGAGGCUAGCAAAAAGGUCACCAAGCGGGAAAUGUGGAGGGGAGGUGACGAGGGUCUCGCCGAGCAGUACGAAUAUGUGAUGCAUGGCAAGAUCUACAAGUUUGACGAGACGAGAAGCGGAGAGAAUUCGACAACCGCAUACCUCUCGUUCGGCGGUCUCCUGAUGGCGCUAAGAGGCAGCUACCGACAUCUGCAAGAACUGGUCAUCGGGGAGAACGUCUACCUCCUCAUCAAGCACUAA